AUGAUACAAGAGGCUAAUGACACCUUGAAUCAAAACUUCAAGAUGAAGGAUUUAGGUGCACUAAGGUAUUUUCUGGGGAUAGAAUUAUUGAAAUCAAAAGAAGGUAUACUGUUGAAUCAAAGAAAAUAUGCUUUGCAGCUUCUCUCUGAAGAAGGAUUGAGUGGUCCUAAAACUGUAUCAACUCCUCUAGAAUUUAACCAUAAAGUCACCAGCUUGGAGCAUGAUGAACAGGAGGAAAAUACUAGUGAUCCGACCCUUGAAGAUGUGACAACUUAUCAAAGAUUAGUGGGAAAACUAUUGUACCUUACUAUAACUAGGUCGGACAUUUGUUUUGGAGUACAAGUGCUAAGUCAGUUCAUGCAACGUCCAAAAGUUUCACACUGGGAUGCUGCAAUCAGACUGAUAAGAUACAUAAAAGGAUUACCUAGUCUAGGUGUGUUGAUGAAGAGGGAUAAGGGAACAGUUCUCACAGGCUAUUGUGACUCAGACUGGGCAUCUUGUCCUAAUACCAGAAGAUCAGUGACAGGGUAUGCACUAAAAUUAGGAGAUUCCUUGAUCUCUUCAAAAUUAAAGAAACAGCCAACUGUGAGCAGAAGCUCAGUAGAGGUAGAGUAUAGGAGCAUGGCUGCACUGGUAGCAGAAUUGAUCUGGUUGGCUGGUUUGCUGAAGGAACUUAAUUUUACAGUCAAAUUACCAAUCAAGGUAUUCAGUGACAGUAAAGCAGCUAUUCAAAUAGCAGGGAACCUUGUAUUUCAUGAGAGAACAAAGCAUAUAGAGCUGGAUUGUCACUUCAUCAGGGAGAGAAUAAAGUCAGGCUAUUAA